UUUUCUGUAAAACGAUCUGUCAUAAAAAUACACAAAUAUAAAACUUAUCAUUGUGCAAUUUAGACGAAAAUUGUUUUCUUUGAUAAAAUAUGGAAAAUUUAAGCUUAUUUUGCAAGCAAUUUUUGGGGUACUGUCUUUUUGAUAGUCGUACGAUAAUUUUGCAACGGUACGAUAAUUUGGACACUCAAAUACCGCAAAUACGAUAAUUCUCUUCCGCACACUUGGUAACACUAAAUCAUUCAUUCCCCUUAAAUAUUUUUCCCGUUGUUAUAAUAUUAUACUUGUACUUGUUAUUAGCAGACGCGGACCGUUUCCGGAAAAAAAUUAUUGUUUGAUAAAAGAUAAUUUUGUGGUAGUAAAAAUGCCGAAAAAGCCGCCGCAAAACGCAUACUACUUUUUCAUGCAAGAUUUUAGAGAAGAGCAGAGGAAGAAAGGCGUCAACUAUGGAAACCUACAAGAAGUUGCAAAAGCUGCGGACCCGUUUUGGAGGGAAGCACCUCCCCCAGUCCGAGCCAAGUUCGAAGCCAUGGCUAAGCAGGCCAAACAGAAGUACAACGUCCCCGAAAAGAAGUACACCUCCACCGGCAUUUCAUUGGCAGAGAUAGACCAGAUUCAGAUGGAGGCGCUGAAAGCUGAAGAAGACGAAGUUAAAGAUAUCAAGAGUUUCGUCCAGUUGAACUCUUUUAGCUCUAACGAAGCUCUAAUCCACGCUGACAUAUACCUGAUGGAUGUCAAUUUUUACUGCCAAGCCGGGACCGAAUUCAUAAUGGGAGAGAGCACUAUCCUCCGAUUCAACUUAAUGGAUGGCAUUAAGGACAACUACCAUGAAAUUAUAAAUCCAGAUCGCAUUCCACCCGGCUACAUCAGCGACAUCAAAAUCGGUUGUGAAGAAUUUGGACUAAAUAUGCCUGACAGUUCGGUCCGGCCCUCAAACUACCUUCAAAUCCUGGCACACACUAUAGACUACCUGAAGCAACAGCAUCGAGGUAGUCAGGGGACGAAGACCCUGCCUCCGGUGUACACUAUGCCAGAUAAGGUGGCUCCGGUGACCAACUUUAUACAGCAGAUGUGCAGCCGAGCUUCCGAAGACGACCGUCUUUUCCGCGUGUACAAGCUCGACACCCUCUUCUUCCACAUGAUUAACGAGCUUAAGUCCCAUCAGGACGAAGGCUUCCCCAAAGAGUCUCUGGCCCUCACACAGCUGAAGAAAGAUCAGUUCAAGUACAACCCUGGACUAGGAUGCGAGUCUCACGAAGAAAAGGACAAGUCCGUGGAAUGCACUCUGUCCCGCACGCAGCGCUGGGCCUACACCAUCCUGGACAGCAUCUGCCCCGUGGCCGGCAUCGAAGCCCUGCCCGGCUGCCACGUGCCCCGCGAGUUCCAUGUCGAUGGCAUCCUCAACUUUAAGGAGCAAAGGAGGGACCGCGUGGGGCCGUCCGUAGCUGGAAGCAGCGGGGCGAUGAUAUCACUCACCAGUUCCUUGAGCGAAUCAUUCGGCGAGUCCACUCCAGUCAACAAAUCAGAUAGCAGCAUCCGCAAGAAGACACAGCCGCCUAUGCGCAUGCCAAAGACCGAUUACUCGCAAGCGCUCCGGCCUGCCCCCGAGCUGACGGACAGCGACCUGCUCACCGCCAGCUUCGCGCAGGCCACCAUCGCCGGCAGAGGUCGUGGUCGUGGUCUUCCAACUAACAUGAACAAGUAAAUACUAGAUUACCUACAAAGUAAACAAACGGAUAGAGCGAGAUAGAUGCUAUAUUUUGUCUUUAUCACGCGAUAAUAAUGACAAUUUUAGGUCCACCGAUCUAUUUUACUUUAUCUUAAACAGUAUUCGUAGUCUGGUAUGUACGACUUGGACUUGAAGGGUAUUUAGUACUAUAAGUAGGUUAAGGAGAAUGUCAGAAUUUAAAUGUCUUAUAAAGAAUCUCUUGGUGUUAUAGAAUAAGUGACAAAGUGUAUAAGAUUUUAUUGAGUCCCAGACUUUUUGUUAAUUUGUAUUUUUUUUUCCUUCUAAUACCCCAUACAGUCAGACCAAGCUAAGUUGGCAGCGAUUUUGAUAGCACAGACGGUGCAAGUGUUAAUUAAACGUCAUAAUUUCAUAGAAGUUUGACGUUAAAAAUAACACUUGUACCGUCUGGGCUAUCAAAAUCGCUGCCAACUUGGUCUGACUCUAUACUCUAUAUCUUUAGGUAAUUAAAUAAAAAAUUACCUUCAAAUGGCUCCUUAAGCCAGUUGAGGGUAAAUGCAAACAUUACAUGAUCAAAUAAUGUAGGUUAAAGUCAGGUCGUUCAGUGACAGAUCCAGGCGGUUUUGUAUUUGGUUGAUUAACCUACCUGUUAUAACUACCCGAAAAUUUACAAUUUUUUUGUUUACUUUUAUUUAAAUACCUACAGAAAAAGGUAUAGUAGUUCUCAUAUUACUAAUUACGUCAAUAUUUUAUGUAAUUUAAACCAUUUCCAGCUAGAAAAAAGGAUUUUUUUUGUCUUUCGAUUUCAAAAUAAUAGAUAAACCAUAAUUCCACUGUUGAUUUCAAAUCAAAAGGUCGAUUUUUGGUAUUAUGGGCCUUAGGAGGUUAAAGAACAAUAUUAUCUUGGAAAUAAUGGUGGAGCAAAUAGGACGUAUUUUUUCAAAGAAACAUUAAGGUUUCAUAUGGAAUAGUAGUGUAUAAUUAAAAGUUGCUCGAAAUAUACUUCUUGUUUAACCCUUAAAUGCAUGAUUUUUUUUUUGGUAGAAAAAAAUGUUUUUGUUUAGUUCAUUGGAUGAGAUCUAGGAAAAAUAAAUAAAAAAUCCAGCUUUUAUAUGUAUUUACUUGUUUAUAUACGAAAAUAUACAUAGUUGCCAAAUGGCGUCAGUAUGCGUUUAGUUAACAUUUUAUUAUUUCAUGUUUAUAACAAGAUAGUUACGCUUUUAUUUAAAUACAUUAAUUCACAGUCUACGGGAAAAAUAUAUUUAUAAUAAAGAAAUAACGUUUUUUUAUAUUAUUUUAUUAUUAUUUCUUUAUUUAAGACCAUCGGGGAUCAUUGUGUUAGUAAAUCUUAUCCAAGUGUUAGAACUAUAACUAUCUAUACAUAACUAUACUUAAUAACUACACUGUACAAUUAUUUAUUACUGCGUGCGUGUAUCAAGCAGCAGUUAUUCAAAUACAUGCAAUCCAAUCUUUACUGAAGAAAUAACAUUUAUCCUAACGCAUAACGUGAAAUCAAAAAUAAAUUACAGCUCCGCUAACUUUAGCAAAAACUACGUUGCCGCCAACUCAAAUGUCAUAAUUUUAAAAAAGUGCGCAGGUUUUAGUGUUGCCAGUUAUUAUGUCCUAAGACUACUACUUGAUGUUUGGUAUAAAGGUGCGUUCAAGAACGUAAGCCUUUUUCUGUGAGGUGUCUAAUGCUUUGUAGACAUUUGGCAACACUAUGCAUUUAAGGGUUAACAUUUGACGUGACUUUAAUGACCGAAUAAUUUUAGUUCUUUAUCAGCCAUUUAUCAGGAAAAAAUUCGCUCGUCAAGACGAAUAGAAGCUAAAUUAGUUGCAUUUAUGUACUGAGGAACUUAAAGAUUUUAGAUAAGUCUAAGGAACCAAAUCUGUAAAUUACCCUUUAAGGGUAUAAAAUUGAAAUUGAUAUUUGCUAAAUUGUAUGUCUGUAAAAGUACAGUAGAUUAUACAGAGUGAUUUCGGGACCGUGGAGCAAGAUAACAAGAAAUCGUACAGGUAGGUGAGCCUAAUGAUGUCGCUAAUUAAUUAUUAUCACCAAUAAUAAGGAUUAUUUUUCAGAUGACAAGUAGAAAAAAAAACAUUUUUGCGUACAAUUUGGUCACCCUACUCAAUGUGACUUCUUGCCGCUUUCCAUACAGCGUGAGUCAACAGUCAUAGGGUGACCAUGAUUACUUAGUAUAACAUUAAUAUUACUUGAAAAAUAAGAAAAAUUUAACUACUUAUCUUUUAAUCAAAUACUACCAUAUGAUAAUGUAGAUCAUUUACAGAGUCAGAAAAAGUGGUUCUUGAUCACGACCCAGAAAUCACCCUGUAUAAUUUUUAGAAAUUGUUGUCAAUAUAUGCCAAUAUCAAUAGAUAGAGUAUGUAAGUUGUAAUGUUUAAAAUGCUUAUAAGUUUUUUUGCGUUUUAUUUUUCAGAUAAGGUAAAAAAGUUACCUUCCUACGCUUCAGUCUUUCUUGUGAGAUUAAUAGUUCAACAAUUUGCUUAUCUUAUAAUAUGCCAUAAACGGUGGUUACAAUCCAAUAAGAAUUAUUCCACCUAGUUGCUACCGCUUUAUUUAUAAUCUGAAUUCAGAUUCUUAAUUCAGAAAGCUUUGCCUAACGCGUCUUAAACAUUUAGAUUGAUCAGUUGUCUCGCAAACGUCUGUCUCACUCUCUCCCAUGAAUGGCAAAUUCAUAAUCUGAUUCCAGCGUGUCUGCUCGUCUAUACAUAAAGUAUAGAAACAGGUGCGUCCGGAAUUCAUAAUGUGAUUUUUCAUACUCUGAAUUCAGAACUCACGUCAAGAUCAUUCUGACAGAUCAUGAGAUCAAUCUGUGAAAUUUAUAAUCUGCAAAAAUCAGAAUGUGUGUGGGGAACAGUUAAAUUGUAUGCAAUACCGUGCGUUCAGAAUUAAUAAUCUGUACCCCUAGUGUAAAUAAAUUCGAUUUCGAAACGUGACGUACGCGUUUGCGUUUAGUCUCAUUUUGUAUUGGAUUUAGAAAGAGCGCGCCAAGCGGGACGUUUUGGAAACUCAAAAUCCUAUACAAAAUGAGACUUAACGCAAACGCGUUCGACACGUUAUGAUGUCGAUCAAAUUUACACUAGGGAUACUGAAUUCAGACUGUGUAAGGCAAGCCUAAACUAUUCUUUUUAAAAUAUUAGUCUAAACGUCUAUGGCCUGGAAUAGUAUUCUUCCUCGUAGAAAACGGAUUGUGAUCGGAAGUGCCCGUCCAACUUAUUGUCAGGAAUGAUUAGGGUAGGAAAGAAAGAAAAAUAACUAAGUUUAUUUGCAUUUAAAUGCAACAGAAAUGGUUGUUUUCUAUGGUGCUUUCUGUUGAUUAAUGUACAGUCGCCAUCAGAUAUAUCGGAGCGGCCGAGAUACUCAAACACGCACUACCUUGACAAUAGAGGCGUGUUCAGAUAUUUGUGAGCAUCUCAGCGGCUCCGAUAUAUCUGAGGGCGACUGUAUUUUUGUGAUGUGUAAACACGUAUAUUUAAUGUUGAUUUGCAGUGUCUAAAUUUAAAUUAAAUAAAUGUGAUAUCUGAGCCAAACAUAACUGUUAGAACGCGCGCCAUACGUGAUAUAGAAAAACGUCACCCAAAAUACAUUUAAUCAUCGAAACUGCUCACAAAAUUUCACGAAAAUCAGUUGAGAAUUUGCGAUCUGUACAAGAGCAUUUUUGUCCAAGCAAGGAGACCUUCGCUAACACUCUGUCAAUAACGCCAUAAAUUAUUACAAGCGUUUUCGCGAGAUUUGAACCAACUUUCAAACUUAUCCCCGGCAUUUUGCCAAGGUUCAUGGGAGCCUGGGGUCCGCUUGGCAACAAAUCCCAAAAUUUGGCGUAGGCACUAGUUUUUACGCAAGCGACUGCUUUCUGACAUUCCAACUCAGAGGGGAAACUAGGCGUUAUUGGGAUUAGUCCGGUUUCCUCACGAUGUUUCCCUUCACCGAAAAGCGACCGGUAAAUAGCAAUUAAUAUUUCGUACAUAAGUUCCGAAAAACUCAUUGGUACGAGCCGGGGUUUGAACCCGCGAUCUCCGGAUAGAAAGUCGCACGCUCUUACCACUAGGCCACCAGCGCUUUUUCACCCAACCAACCAACUUUCAAACUACUUUGUAAAAGAUUGAUGUGAUGUUACGUAAGGAUAGAAAUAAGUAAUAUAUUCGAAAUGUUAUGAACAAUCUAUGUGUCAUGUCUGUGUGUGAUACCAAAUAUAAUUACUAUGUAUCGGUCAAAGAGAAUUUGAAAUAGAGGUGGAUUGUUAAAGAAAACUUCGUAGCCACAGUAAAUUUACUACCAUCUUUCGACACAUGAUUAAAACUUUUAGAACGCCAUUUAACUUAUUCUUUCACUGAUAUGUGUUAAAUAACAAAAAGUGGCGCCAUCUCAUAGAUCAAAGGCUAAAGUUAUGGCGGCAUCGUUUCCAACGAUGGCGCUAUAACCUUUGGGUUAUGCCCGGUAAGAUGGCGCCACUUUUUGAUAUUUAACACAUAUCAGUGGAAGAAUAAGGAUCAAAGUCAAAUGGCGUUCUAAAAGUUUUAAUCAUGUGUCGAAAGAUGGCAGUAAAUUUACUGUGGCUACGAAUUUUUUUUUCACAGUCCUCUAUUUCGAAUUCACUUUAGUAUGGGUAUUCUGAUAUCAUCGAUUAUGUAUGUUAAGUACCUACAAUUUAAGUUUUUGUUUUCUUCUUUGUCAUAGUCAUAGUUUAAGGCUCAAUAUACUAGCGAUAUGACGUUUAUUUAUUACAUUCACAUUGAUGAAAUAAAUGCUGGCUUCAUCCUUUUACACUCGACAGCAAUUCUCUUCAGGAAAUGACAAGACAAAAGAACCUACUUUUAUUUAUUUUAACUGUGGGUACUUUGUAGUCGCCAUCCGAUAUAUCGGGUUGGCUAACGAGCUCAAAAAUAUCUGAACACGUUUCUAUUGUCAAGGCGCUGGAGUGACCGGGUGUUGAGAUAUUUGUGAGCACAUUGGCCGCUCCGAUUUAUCUGAUGGCGAUGUACACAGUAUAUGUACAUUCGUCAUUAAAUAUAUCGGAACGGCCAAGAUACUCAUAUACAUAUACACACGGCUUUAUUGUCAAGGCGUUAAAGUGCAGGUUCAGAUAUUUUUGAGUACAUUGGUCGCUCCGAUAAAUUCGUUGUACAAAAAGGUGCUCAAAAUAUCUGAACACGUUUCUAUUGUCAAGGCGUUAGAGUGCGUUCAGAUAUUUGUGAACACCUUGGCCGUUCCGAUGUGUCUGAUGGCGAAGGUACCAUUGGCUGAAUUACGAAGUCGUGUACCUUUAUACGAUUCUGACAGAAUAAGCAUUAGUGUACGGCCUGAGUGGACGCUCGCUCGGCACGGCGUGCAGCGCGGCGUCGGGCUCACGUGGUGUGAGCAGCGUGCAGUAUGACCGCUCCUAUACGUUUGCAUUUGUUUAAAAUGCACGCCGCACGCCCCGCCCCGCUGCACGCUCAACUCCAGCGUCCACUCGGGCCUUACACUUAGAAUUGCUGUGUGACGUUUUGUACUAAACGGUACCACAUUGUCGGUUGUCGAUAAGGUUGAUUUCAAAUUGAAGGUUUAUGGAAAUAGCGUCUUGACAACCGACAAUAAGUACCUUUUGGUUGAAAAGGGCACAAAUAAUAGUACGUUGCUGUAUAUUGACCCUAAAAUGUUUAAUCAUUUGUUAUAACAUUUGAAAUUGCUUUUUAAUAUGUUGACUAUUACAAUAUUUUUUGUAGCAA